AUGAAGGUUUGUGGGUCGGUAUGUCAUGCUCAGCUUAGACUUAUUGUUCCUGGAAAAAUGAGUGAACGUGACAAAUUGAUUGAGCAUAAUGCUCUGCUUUUGGAUCAAGUCUUCAGGUGGGGACGGAUCUAUGGUGUUAAUAUUUCAUCAAACUUCACCUUAGAACAAACUCUGCCCAUAACAGCAGUAAACUGA